CCCCCCUGUCUCGCCAGUUGUCAGCUGACUGGUAGUUGGCAAUACAGUAGUUGUACAUCAUGAUCGCGACGCUGAAGUUUAUAACAUUAUUACUUGCUGUUGUUGUCUGCCGGGCAACGCAAGAUUAUGGUUAUAAAGAUGUCGAGGAGCCUACCCUGGGCGAUUCUCAGUAUGGAUCUCUCUGGCCGUUGCCUCAGAAAGUCCAAAUGUCAACGGUAGCAUUCAAACUCAGCGGUGUUAGUUUCCAGAUAGUUGACGCGAAAGAAUCGUCUUCCGGCGCGAGCUGCAGCCUUCUUCAAAAUGCAUAUCGAAGGUAUGACGAAUACAUAUUCCCCAUUUCCAGAAUGCAAGGGCAAAACAAAAAGGCAUUUGCCUCUGAUGUGUCUGAGUUACAGGUGUGGAUCACAUCAGCUGACUCUGAGUGUGACAGCUACCCAAGUGUGACAUCUGACGAGUCAUACGAACUCUCGGUGGACUCUCCUGUUGCUGUGCUGAAAGCACCUAAGGUGUGGGGCGCGCUGAGAGGUCUGGAGACUUUUAGCCAGUUGGUGUAUGAGGAUGAAUAUGGAGCAAAAAGCAUCAAUAGGACAGAGAUCCAGGACUUUCCACGGUUUACACAUCGAGGCCUCUUAUUGGACAGCUCUCGUCACUUCCUGCCCAUCAAAGUCAUCUUAGCCAAUCUGGAAGCAAUGGCGUGGAACAAAUUCAAUGUGUUCCACUGGCACAUAGUAGAUGACCCCUCCUUCCCCUACAUGAGCCGUACCUUCCCACAGCUGAGCCAGCAGGGAGCAUACCACCCGUACACGCAUGUGUACACGCCCUCUGACGUGAAGAUGAUCAUUGAGUUUGCUCGCCUCAGGGGCAUUCGUGUCGUCUCUGAGUUUGACACCCCUGGACACACUCAGUCAUGGGGCAAAGGCCAGAAGGACCUACUGACCCCCUGUUACUCUGGAGCCAGCCCCUCUGGCUCGUUUGGACCGGUCAACCCUAUCCUCAACACCACCUAUGACUUCAUGGCCAUGUUCUUCAAGGAGGUCAGCGCAGUGUUCCCCGAUGCCUACAUCCAUCUAGGAGGAGACGAAGUUGACUUCAGCUGCUGGAAGUCCAACCCAGACAUCCAGAAGUUCAUGGUGCAGCAAGGCUUUGGGACGGACUACAGCAAGCUGGAGUCUUUCUAUAUUCAGAGGCUCUUGGAUAUUGUCACCACUACCAACAAGGGCUACAUGAUCUGGCAGGAGGUGAUUGACAAUGGAGUUAAGCUGAAGGCAGACACGCUAAUCCAUGUGUGGAAAGGCAACCAGCAGCAGUACCAGGCUGAGAUGGCAAGGGUCACAGCAUCAGGCUACCAGGCCCUGCUCUCCACACCCUGGUACCUGAACCGCAUCUCCUACGGCCAAGACUGGCAGGCCGCUUACAAGGCAGACCCACAGGACUUUAAUGGCACAGAUGCUCAGAAGAAGCUGGUAGUCGGCGGAGAGGCCUGUCUGUGGGGUGAAUACGUGGACGCUACCAACCUGACCCCCAGACUCUGGCCCCGUGCCAGUGCUGUGGGGGAGCGGUUGUGGAGUGACAAGGAUGUGAAAGACACAAACGAUGCUUAUAGUCGUCUGAUCCAGCACCGCUGUCGCAUGGUCCAGCGUGGUAUACCAGCUGAGCCUCUGUUUACAGGUUACUGUGCACAUGAGUACAAAGGGGUAUGAGCUGACAGCCACUGUGGGGCUACAACCUGAGAAGCAGCGUUAACCGCAAUGAGAGAGAAAUAAUCUCACAAAUCAAACUUGAUUGUCUUCAUUGAUGCACUGAUAUGAGCCAAAUUCUGCCUUUUUAAAUUUUUUUCAGAACAAUCCUCAUUGCAAUGUCACAAAUUGAUUGGUGUGUAGGAACACCUUUUUUAUAUUAAUGUUUAUGAAUUAAAAAACUUUUGCAAAGUU